AAUGAAAAUGAAGGAAGAAAGACCAGAUCUGAAUGAUAUGGAGGAGGAAUAUCAGGAUCAGAAAGAUCAAGAUGUCAAUGGAGAAAAAUCUGUAAUUUGCAACAUUAAAAAAACAGGCGUCAAAAGGCCUUUCAGCUGCUCUCAGUGUGGGAAGAGUUUUACACAGAAAGGACACUUUAAUGUUCAUUUGGUAACUCACACUUCAGAAAAGCCUUACAGCUGCUCUCAGUGUGGGAAGAGCUUUACACGGAAAGGAGGCCUUAAUUAUCAUUUGUUAACCCACACUUCAGAAAAGCCUUACAGCUGCUCUCAGUGUGGAAAGAGUUUCAGACAGAAAGGAAACCUUAAUAAUCAUUUGUUAACUCACACUUCAGAAAAGCCUUUCAGCUGCUCUCAGUGUGGAAAGAGUUUCAAUCGUAAAGCAAGGCUUGAGAAGCACAUGUUGAUUCAUGCUGGGAUAAAGCCUUACGGCUGCUCUGAGUGUGGAAAGAGUUUUACAUAUAAAGAAAGCCUUAAGACUCACAUGUUAAUUCAUACUGGGAUAAAGCCUUUCAGUUGCUCUCAGUGUGAGAAGACUUUUACACUUAAAGCAGGCCGUAAGAUGCAUAUGUUAGUUCAUACUGGGAUAAAGUCUUUCUGCUGCUCUCAGUGUGGAAACACUUUCAGUCGUAAAGCAUGCCUUGAGAGCCACAUGUUGAUUCAUACUGGGAUAAAGCCUUACAGCUGCUCUGAGUGUGGAAAGAGUUUCACACAGAAAGGACAACUUAAUAAUCAUUUGGUAACUCACUCUUCAGAAAAGCCUUUUACCUGCUCUGAGUGUGGAAACGCUUUCAGUCGUAAAGUAUGCCUUGAGAAGCACAUGUUGAUUCAUGCUGGGAUAAAGCCUUACAGCUGCUCUGAGUGUGGAAAGAGUUACACACAGAAAGGAGCACUUAAAAAUCAUCUGGUAUCUCACACUUCAGUAAAGCCUUUCAUCUGCUGUCAGUGUGGAAAGGGUUUUACACAGAAAGUACAACUUAAGGAUCAUUUGGUUACUCACACUUCAGUAAAGCCUUUCAGUUGCUCUCAGUGUGGAAAGAGUUUUACAUAUAAAUCAACCCUUAAGAGACACAUGUUUAUUCAUACUGGGUAAAAACCUUUUACCUGCUCAGUGUGAAGUGUGUUUAGCACAGAAAUGAGACCUUAAUCAUUUGGUAACUCACUCUUCAG